UUGAUCCGUUUAUUUCCCCACCAGGUUCCCUUUCCCUCCUGUGUUUGUCCGGUUCUGCGGCACCUCGCGGUCCCCAAGGACGUUUGCAUGGUGUCUCGUUUCUUCACGCGCUUUCGUAACGACUUUGGGACAAACCGAGUUACGGUCACAAUCCGUUCGUAAGUCGAGGAGCAGCAGUAGAAACAGAAAUAAAAGUAAAACCACAGCGCAAUCAAAACAAGAAGGGAUAGGAAACUGAGAUUUGGAACGCUUUCAGUGUUUGAGAGUUUGUGUGUGAGACAGACAGAGACAGAAAUAGAGCGCUUGUGAAUCCGCAGUCGGCUGAGUCGCGUGAGGCGCCGCGCGGGGCGGAGCUGCGGCUUUAAGGGGCAUGCGGGGGGAGGGAGCGGCGAUUCCACAAGAAGAAUGAGGAAACGAUCGAGCGCCACAUAGAGCCCGGGCCGAGGCUGGCCCAAGCGGACCGAAGCGGGAGCACCUCCGGAACUAGCGGUUCCCGCAGCGCGAGCGCGACAUCGUCUCCGUCCGCGACCCCCCAUGGCCGACUCGACCACAACACACGGCGUCGGUUCGCCGACCAAGACGACGGGCGACAACUCCACCUUGGCCCCCGGCUCCAAGAACCCCGAGUACGUCGCCUUCGUGCUGGUGCCCACGUUCUUCCUGCUCGGCCUGCUGGGAGUCCUCAUCUGCCACAUCCUGAAGCGCAGAGGCUACCGCUGCACCACCGAGGCUGAGGGCGAGGAUGAGGUCUUGGAGAGCGAGAAGGACAAGGAUCCCGAGUGUGCUGCAGAGCUUAACGACACGUUCAGUGACGCCAACAAUGACACCGUGGGACAGAUCGUCCACUACAUUAUGAAGAAUGAAGCUAAUUCGGACGCCCUGAAGGCCAUGUUGCACGAGAACAGCAUCGACCCCGAUGGACCUCCUGUCUCAAGCCCACCAACCACCCCAAUAUCACCCGGGGCACCGCCAGGUGCGCCCAAGCACACCUGCAGCCACCUGCACACAGUGGGCGGAGUCAGUGGCCAUAAGAGCGUCUGCAGCCGCUGUAACCAGAAGAAGUGGCCCCAUAUGAAGCACGCGACCCGGAGCCACGCCGGGGAGGUCACUGUCCUCUCCGUGGGCAGGUUCCGAGUGACCAAGUGUGACCCCAAAGCUCCGAGGGAGAAGAGGACCCUGCUCAUCACUGAGGCCAACAGGUCCACGCCCACGACGCCCACGACUCCCACGGCGUCCGAGCCGACGAGCCGCACGGCCUCGGAGUCGCAGGAAAGAGACAAGUGACCCCAUUUUAAAGUUGUGAUGCAGAAAGGAGCGGAUUCCCAAAGAAAGAACCAGAACCCGUGACGCGAAGCCAUGCAGGAGCCGUAAAAAACCUUCAGUCCCCAAGUGAUGCGAAUGACCGGACCGGAACGGGGCGGGGGAGGGGGGGUGCUGGACGACACCUGGCUCAUAAAUGUCACGCCGCAAGCAGAUUUCUGCACAACGACAGCUCCGAGCCCCCCUGACGGGGGCCGAUACCGUGUGCGUCCCGCACGAUGAGAGCACAGCCUCGCUGCGAUGCCAAAGCUGAACCACGAUGGGGAAGGGGGUCCGCUCUCUCCCCUGUGGGAUCUGACCUCAGUCGCACUCCACUCCGUUUACCUCUAGUUUAGUCCUUGACGGGUGGAAGCGUGUUGCAGGUCCUCCUGGGGAGCAAUAAAGACGUUCAAAUUGCCGGCGAAGCACGUGGUCUUCAGUUCACUUUUCUGCCAAAUUUAUACAUGUAAACAUAGAUGCAUAUAAAACCUUCUUUGGUCGUUGCAAUUUUAAAAACCCCUCUAAAUUUUCUAACUUGGUUUACUGCUUCCUCUGAUAUAACUAGUUCUUCGGGUCUUGUGUUUGUCAUUUGAGUUUUAUUAUUUUUUACUGGAAGUUCAUAUGCGUUAUGUUUUUGGUUUAUGAGAAAAUACUAAACUCGACUCAUUCGAUUAGCAGUUUCUUAGAGUGUGUGUCGGGGGGUGGGUGCAGUAAACUAGUGUCCCACUGCGAGGUGCGUUCUGUAACGGAGCAUCAAACACUCUGGACCACGCACAGUGCGUGUGUGCGUGUCACUUUCUCAAGACACACGUCCGAAUGAUCCAAAGCGAUUGAUCCAGAUCCAAAGCGAUUCUCAUGAACCGGCAGCGUGAGCAACAUCUGCUGCGAAUGAGUAUUAUUCUGUACGUUCUGGAGCUUCGCUUUACUGAACACACUGAAUCGAUGGUGAUCAAAAUUGCAGUGACGUUCGAACCUUGUGCUUAGAACAGUGAGUGAGUGAGUGAGUGAGUGAAGCCCAAGUGAGGAAGGCUGCAGUGCCUUCAGCAUGUGCUUCUCCUCGCGGUACCGCUGUUUCGGCCCACUUUCGGUCCUGCAGCUCCGCUUGAUCCCGUGCGGCGCUCAGAGCUCCACGUACAGUUGUUGUUGUUGUGUUUGUAAUUUCGUCAAAUUCUCUUCCUGUUACAUCGCAGUUGUUGGCGUUUCGGCUUCAAGAAAACAUGCUCGCUGUGUUUUAUCCAUUUAUUGCGAGUUUUGCUUGGAGACUUUGUAGCUUCCCGCCCUUCUUGUGUUCCAUGUUGCAUAUUGUUUGAUCCAACUUAAAUAAAACUAAUUGUAGAUAACAGGGAAAUUUUUCUUUUUUUUUUUUUUUUUUUUUAAA